CAGAAAGAUCCAAAAGAUAGCGGUAGGUUCCAAGCUGCAAGCGAAAAAUUUCUUCUGCUUCUGCUCCCACCGCCUCUUCUUCUCUUUUCUGUUCUUCCCUUUCGCUCGCUUGCUGUGGGCGCGAUGGCGUCGUCGUCCAGCAGCGGGCUGACCUUCAAGCUCCACCCGUUGGUGAUAGUCAACAUCUCGGACCACUACACCCGCGUCAAGGUCCAGGACCAACACUCCUCCUCCGCCGCCUCCCCCGCCGCCGGCGCCGCCUCCAACGGCGGCGCUCCGGCUCCCUUGCCCCGCGUCUUUGGGUGCGUCAUCGGCGUCCAGCGCGGCCGAACCGUCGAGAUCUUCAACAGCUUCGAGCUUCUCUUCGACCCCGUAACCCACACCCUCGACCGCGCCUUCCUCGAGAAGAAGCAAGAGCUCUACAAGAAGGUUUUCCCAAACUUUUUUAUUCUGGGGUGGUAUUCGACCGGGAGUGAUGCCGAAGAAUCAGAUAUGCAGAUUCACAAAGCUUUGAUGGAUGUUAAUGAAAGUCCUAUUUAUGUCCUUCUGAAUCCUUCGAUCAACCAUGCUCAAAAGGACCUUCCAGUAACCAUCUUUGAAAGUGAGUUGCACGUCAUUGAUGGAAUUCCUCAGCUCAUAUUUGUUAGAUCAAACUACACCAUUGAGACAGUAGAGGCCGAGCGAAUUUCAGUUGAUCAUGUAGCUCAUCUUAAGCCAUCUGAUGGUGGCUCGGCUGCAACACAAUUGGCUGCCCAUCUGACUGGCAUGCAUAGUGCCAUCAAAAUGCUAAAUAGCAGAAUUAGAGUUGUUCAUCAAUAUCUGCAAGCAAUGCAGAGAGGUGAUAUUCCUCUUGACAAUUCAUUGCUUAGACAAGUCUCGAGCCUUCUGAGAAGAUUGCCAGCCAUGGAAUCAGAGAAGUUCCAAGAUGAUUUUCUGAUGGAAUUUAACGACACACUUCUCAUGACCUACCUAGCUAUGUUCACAAACUGUUCAAGUACCAUGAAUGAGCUGGUUGAUAAAUUCAACACAACCUAUGACAGGCAGAGUAGAAGGGGAGGCCGGACUGCUUUCAUAUAGCUGGUGUGCUUGUUUUACUGGCAUUCUGUCUCGAAGUUUUUCCUUCAUUAGUUGGUUCUAGAGUUAAAUUUUCUUCUCAGUUAUAGAAGGGGUGAUCAUGUGCUUCAUACUUUUUGUAACUUCUCAUUUUUGCUGUUGAUGCCUCCAGAUAGGAGGGUAAAGUUUUUAACCUUGUUUUUCAAAUUUGUUUGUGCAUCAAAGAUCCAUCGCAUGGUUUGGGUCGUGCAUUCUAGAUU